AUGCAAGUUGAUCAGAAUAUUUCAUUUUACAUUUAUCAACACGGCGUAAUACUGAAGAACCGCAGCGCGGGUGCUUCAGUUGGAAAGUACAACGUAAAGCUUGAAAAAGCCAAAGAAAAAAAAGAAUUAAAAAAAUAUUCUCAGACUAUGGGCGCUAUUGGCUACGAGAUCAAGCUUGAUGCUGUCUGGAAUACCGCCAUUUUUGAUGUGCCGGUGGAUCCCGAACUUAUGUCAAAUUGA